AUUCAUCCCAUGAAGCGAGCUGUAGCUCACGAAAGCUCAUGCUCAAAUAAAUUGGUUCGCCUCUAAGGUGCCACACGUCCUCCUGUUCUUUUUGCGGAUACAGACUCACACGGCCGCUGCUCUGAAACCUGUCAUCAUGCCGCUCAGUCUCUGGAGACACAGCUGAGAAAUGCUUCCCACCCAGUAGCCAGCCUCAGUCUUCUCACAUGGCUUGCCCCGGGAAAGCUGAAGGGCUGGACUGACAGCCAGGUCGGACGCCAGCCCAGAGCAGGGAGCUCAGCGAGAGGCGGAGGUGGAGACGCAGAAUGGCACUGCCCUGUGAAGGUCCCCACGGGAGAGGGUUUGCUAAUGAAGCCUGCUCUGGGAACAGCUGCAGAAAGGCUGCGAUACAUCUGUUCUGGCACUUGAACCAGAGUGAAGAACGCGGAGAAGCAAGCGGUCUCGAUUGCUGCACUACACUGUGUUUACCAGCUUCCGGCUGAACGGGGAGAUGCCAGCUGUCCGGACAGACUCUGAAUCCUCACUUGCCAGGUUCUUCCGCCAAAUUGCUCGGCUGGGGCUCUUCACUUCCCUGGUCCGGCUUCUCCACAAGAUUUCGGCCUGGGGUGGCUCCUCUCUCCCUGUGGAGAACAUUGGCAGCCAGGACUAUCACGCCCCUUCCCCUGACAGGCCUGUGCGGCGCGCCAAGAAGCGUCUUGGCAGACUGGCACACCUCCUGUUCGCCAUCAUCCCCUCCAGGUUCCAGCGUGCCCUCGGCUACCUGCCGGCAGACAGCAUGGGUCAGAGCGGGAUCCCUGAGGAGAUCCAGAAAAGUCCAGUCAAGCCCUCCGGCAAAGGGAGCAAAAGGAAACAAGAUGACGUGGCUCUGGAGGAGCAUCAGUCCUGGGUGGAGAUCUUGCAGCAAGAGCUGCCAGAGGAGGAUGAGGCCGAAGACCCUACCUAUGAGCAGACUCAAUCGGAGACAGACAGCGAGGAAUACAGGUCCCAGAACGACACAGAGACCGACCUGGAGUUUGAAGAGAAAGACGGGGUCCUGGUGCUGAAGGCAUCGCCGAGUCUGCAGGGGACUCUGGACGGAGAGAACAUGCUGGCUGCAGCCAGCAGCCAUGCCCUGGAGCAGCAGGCUGCGGCGAGCAGCAGUGGUGGGGAUGCCCUGGAGCAGCAGGCUGCGGCGAGCAGCAGUGGUGGGUUGAAGUGACUGGAUAAAUGGGGCCCCUUGACUCCUGGACCAAGUUUCUAUUUUUCCAUAGUGGCUGCUGUGGCUUUGAAAUGCGUGCUUCUCACCGAGCCGACUUUGCCCUGCGACUGUGGAUUAAACUGUCUUAUAAAAUGCAAUGUUAAUAUUUUGGAACCUGUG